AUGGCUCUCUUUCUUUGCUUGUUAUUCGUUCUCGUUUCUUCUGCAGCUGCUUGUGAUCGCUGUGUGCACCAGUCCAAGGUUGCUUAUUUCUCCAAAGCCUCUGCCCUUUCAUCUGGAGCUUGUGGUUAUGGUUCCUUGGCAUUAGGCUUAGGCGACGGACACCUUGCAGCUGGUGUUUCUUCUCUUUACAAAGAUGGAGCUGGUUGUGGUGCCUGCUUUCAGAUAAGGUGCAAGAAUUCAACUCUGUGCAGCAGCAAGGGAACUAGAGUGACAUUAACUGAUCUCAAUCACGAUAAUCAAACCGACUUUGUUCUUAGCAGCAGAGCUUUCAUGGCCAUGGCUAACCAGGGCAUGGGCCUAGACAUUUUGAAACUUGGGAUUGUCGACGUGGAAUAUAAAAGGAUACCUUGUGAAUAUAAAAACCAGAACUUAGCUGUUAGAGUAGAAGAAUCAAGCCAAAAACCAAAUUACUUGGCAAUUAAAUUGCUGUACCAAGGUGGUCAGACAGAAAUUGUGGGCAUGGAUGUAGCACAGGUUGGGUCUUCAAACUGGAAUUUCAUGAGCAGGAACUAUGGAGCAGUAUGGGACACAAGCAGAGUUCCAAAUGGUGCCCUGCAAUUUAGAUUUGUUGUAACAGCUGGGUUUGAUGGCAAGUGGAUUUGGGCCAAAAGUGUGCUGCCAGCCGACUGGAAAACAGGAGUUGUUUAUGAUACUGGAGUUCAAAUCACUGAGAUUGCACAAGAAGGUUGCUCUCCUUGUGAUGACGGCCAUUGGCAAUGAGAACCAAGUAAUCUUGUGGCAAUGCACAUAAUUAUAGUUCGAUCGUUCAACAUAUAGUGAAUUUGAAUAAUUUAGAAGAUUAAAGAAAUGAAUAUAUGGUUUUUUUUUUCUCAAUGUUAUUUUCUAGUUUGUUCUUGAAGAUAUCUAAAAUUUUUUUUCUAUUUUACCAUAAUAAAAUGCUCUUUUUUUUUUCA